CCGAGAGCUAAAAUCUAAUAUUUUUCCCGUGUAUAAUACACUAUUUUUUUCUGUGAUGGGAAAAACGACAAUUUAAUAGUGAAAGAACAUAAUAUUACAAUGCAUUAGAGUCAGAAUUUUUAAACUAGUGGGCUGCAAUUAGACCAGCGUUGCUAUGGAAAACUUCAAAGUAAUCAAAUAUCUGUCAAUUUAAUUUUGUGAUUUGAUUCAAAAAUUGCGAACUCGGUAUUAAUUGUUUAGUAGUUAUCUUGUUGAAUAAUUUAAAGUUAAAAAUGUCUGAUUCCGAGUUUUCUCUGACUCCACCGGAGUUGAUAGAAGCCGCGCAAGAAGCGUCACGAAAAUUAUUGCCAGCUAAAUCACGGAAAAUAUACGAAACCGCGUAUUCAAGAUUUAUGGAUUGGAAAAUGAAAAAGAAAUGCAGUUCAUUCUCGGAGACAGUGUUAUUGGCUUACUUUUCGGAACUGGCACAACAACAAAAGCCAUCAACAGUGUGGUCGAAUUAUUCAAUGAUUAAAAGUUUGUUACGAUCCAAUAAUAAUGUAGACAUUUCAAAAUAUUUCAAACUAAUUACAUUUCUGAAACAAAAUGGGAAAGGAUACACGCCCAAGAAAGCUGCGAUUUUUACGAGUACGCAAAUUAGUGAUUUUUUAAAUAAUGCACCGGAUGAAGUUUAUUUAAUGGCCAAGGUUGUUGUUGUAUUUGGGAUUGCAGGUGCUUGUCGAAUUUGUGAAAUCAGCCAGGUAACAUUGGAUGAUAUUGAAGAUUCGGGAAAGUUAUUAAUUGUGAAACUGAAGCAAACAAAGAAUGAUGUAAACAGAAGAUUCGUAGUUACUGAAGAAUAUAUCAAGUAUUACCGAAUGUACAUAGCCCUUCGUCCAGCAGCAGCAAAAGAUCGCCGCCUGUUUUAUGCAUAUCGCAAUGGAAAAUGUAUCAAUCAGGUUGUGGGUAAAAAUCAGUUUUAUAAGGUCAUUCAUUUCGAAGAUCGUCUGCUACACUUUUAGUUGAAUCUGGGGGAGACUUGAUGACACUAAAGAAACAUGGCGGUUGGAAAUCAUCAACGGUCGCUGAAGGGUAUGUUGAUGAAUCAGUGGCACACAGAACAGAAAUUGCUAAUAAAGUGUUCAGAACGUGUGGCAGUUCUGAAAUAACACCCGAUUUGCGACCAGGUACAUCAACAACAGUUGUGUCCAUGUCAGAGAAAAAUAUUAUUUCAACACAAGAAAAUUCGUCUGUUGUACCGAAUAGUUCAAGGAACAUGUCAUUUACGCAAUGCACAUUUAAUAAUUGUACUUUUGAUAUAAAGGAAAUGUAACUAAUGUUCAAUAAAAGAUUCUGAAAUAAAAUAUCUUCCUUUAUCUAUAUGUAGAUAUAUAUAUCCGGGAAAAAAGUACUCACUUUUUUCCCGGGGAAAAAAGUAAUUUCGUGAAAAGUCAA